AUGGGUGAGCACGUGGUGCAGCCGGAGCAGUGGGCUGAGAUGCUCUGGGCCAUACGACCACUGGACGAGUGGCCAUCCUUCGAGCGGAUCACUCCCCGGAUCCUCCAGCACGUGCUCCCGCACUUGCAAGAACUCCCGCCGGGCACGCUGCUGACGACGCUGAAGUCCUUGGCCACGAAGCCCUUCAAGGAGGUUCUGGCGUCCGAGGCUCCGUCAGCCUACGGGCCCCUGGUGCGGGCGCCGCGCUCCUUCUCGCGGGCCGCGGCCAAGGCUGUCCAAGAGGGGAAGUGGGAUCUCCGACAGGUGGUCGAAGCCUUUUCCGCGCUGGGCACGUUGGGCUUCUACGAGGAGGCAUCGGUGGCGCAGCUGCUGCGCUUCAUCUUGGAUGCCCCGUUCCUGGAGCCCCACACGCCGCUGCUGGUUCCUCUCGUGCAGGCUUGCGCAGAGCUGCAUGUUCACCACGCGCCGCUCCUCCAGAAGGAGAUGGCCUUAGAUGAGUCGGCCAAGGCUGCGACGAGACGAGUCGCCGAGGAGACGGAGGUGGACGUGCCGGCGGUGCAGGUGUGCGUGCGCGUGCGGCCCUUGCUCGACGAGGAGCUCCGUGCCGGGGCUUCUGCCGCAGCGCUGCGCGCAGCGCGCGGAUCGGUGACUCUCUCCCUGUCAGAGGGCAAUGAGGAGAACAUUGCGGACCGAGACUGCCGGCGUGUGCGGAAGCCGCAGGAGUUUUCCUUCAGUUCUGUUUUUGGACCGGAGAGCAGUCAAGAAGAUGUGUACGACGGCCUCAAGCUGGACGCGCUGAUGCGAAAGGUCGCGGCUGGGUACCAUGCCACAGUCUUCGCGUAUGGUCAGACAGGAUCGGGGAAGACGUACACCAUGGAGGGCUACCGCUACCGACCCGACGCCAAAGCUGCGGAUGCCGGGAAGCCCCAGGCCUGUGUUCAUACGACCACUCCCGAGCGAUUGGGUGUGAUACCCCGUGUGUUGCACAGACUCUUCGCCUAUGUGGAGAAGCUGCAACAAGAGGAGGCAGAGGAGACCUUCAGCGUGAGCAUCUCCUUCUUGCAGAUCUAUCAGGAGCGCAUUUUCGAUUUGCUGAAUCCAGCGCCCGUUGUGCCAACCGGCUUCGGCCAGACCGAGGACAGCGGGCUGCGGCUGCGCUGGGACGCGUCGCGGGAGCACUUCUACGUGGAGAACCUCUUCGUGUACCAGUGCACCUCGGCGGAAGAUGCGCUGAAGUUCUACAAUGCCGGCGUCCAGCGUAAGCACAUGGCUUCCACGGCCAUGAACAUCGCGUCCUCGCGCUCGCACACGGUGCUGAUGCUGACGCUCCUUCGUCGGUCCGCUCUUGCCGAGACGAGCGAGCUGGGGGCAGGCGAAGCGGUGCGUGAGGUGACCUCGAACCUGACAUUGGUGGACCUGGCAGGCUCUGAGAAGGCUGCGGCCGCCAACGAGGGGAACCCUGAGCGCUUCAAGGAGGCGGUGAACAUCAACCAGUCCCUUUUCGUGCUCCGGCGCGUGAUCACGGCCCUCAGCCGACGGGAGGGAGGCCAGGAGGAGGACCCGCACAUACCCUACCGCGAGUCGAAGCUGACCUCGUUGCUGCAGCACGCCAUUGGCGGCAAAGGCUCGAUAUCCUCGUGA